AUGGAUAGGUAUGCCAUACAGUGUUCCAGAGAUAACACUGGAAGAUCUUCCUAGAUUAAUAGGGCUUCUGCCAGAGGAGAUACUCAAAAUGGACGACUCAUCUAUCAGUCUAUACCUAGAAGCAUUGAAAGAUGGCAUGACAGACGUCAAUAAUAUAAGAGUGAUGAUAGUUGGACACUGUGGAGUUGGAAAGACUACCCUUACAAAAAGAUUAUUUGGAGAACAUGUUGAUUUAAGGCAAGAAAUUGAAAGGACAAAUGGAAUCGAGGUGCACGUACAACGUUGUAAAGUCCAGCUUCCGGAGGGUAUUUGGUUACCUUUGACUGAAGGAGACUCACAAGAAAAUUAUUAUAACCGUAUUGCGUCAAUAAUGAUUGAAUCGUCAAAGAAGGCAAAGUCGGACAAAGAAGAAGAGUGGUCACAGUUUGGUGAAACAGACAAAUCAUUGCAGAAACUACCUCCAGAACAGUUGGCAGAAAAUUCGAAGUCUGAUAAAGCAAUCGCAAAAAAAGAAGAACCGGUGGCUAUACAUAAACAUGAUGAUAGCGGUCCUACUAUGAAUCAGAGCACAUCAAGGUCAGAUGAUGCACCAUACAAUCAUGAUGUAAGCUCCCACGAACAGAGAAUACGCAUACAGGAACUAGUCCAUGAAGUUGUAACAUGCAGUUCAGCAGAUUUCUCCAGGAAGGACAACACGGCAGAUCUCUCUGUCUGGGAUUUUGCUGGACAACAUGUCUUCUACGGCACACAUCAAGUUUUUCUAUCAAAGCGAGCUGUAUAUCUACUUGUAACUGACCUUUCUGAACAUGUAGACAACAUUGUAGAUGAUGAAUGUUUCAUCGACUCCAACGGUGAAACGCGCUGCAAAAUUUCGGACUUUGUAGCAUUCUGGCUCAACUCGAUACAUUCGUAUUGUGAAUCUGAGAAGUCUGGAGAGCCACCAGUCAUUUUGAUUGGUACCUUUGCUGACAAGUUGGACAAGGAGAAAAAACAGGAGCUUGCCGGCAACUUCUUCACAAAACUAAGAGAAGUGUUAGUACACAGUGCGGCUUAUGAUCAUCUUGAGUGUGAAAACUUUACAAUUGAUAACUCAGUCAAAGACCCAAAUGUUGAACUGCUCAAGCAAAAAAUCGUUGAAAUAGCAACAAAACAGAGUUAUUGGAAUGAACUGUAUCCUUCGAGAUGGGUUUUACUUGAGCAAUCACUUAUGGAAUUCAAGAAACGAGGAAUACAGGUGUUAAAUCGGAGAAUUUUGGAAGAGACCAAUAAGAAGCUGCCUGUUCCUAUUCAAAGUACCAGUGAGCUAGACCUGUUUCUAAGAUAUCACCAUGAGACUGGUUUUAUUUUGUACUUCAGUGAUGAGAACUUGAAGGACUAUAUUCUGUUGGAACCGCAGUGGCUUGUAGACGCAUUGAGAAGUUUGAUAACCGCAAGGCAGUUCUGUGAGAAGAAAGCAAGUUUUUUUAAGACGUGGUUGGACUUCGACAGCACGGCUUUACUGAAAAGGGAAUUAAUAGAUGCAGUUUGGGAGGUCGGGACACCCUUCCACGAACACAAGGAUUUAAUAUUAGACUACAUGGAGAAAUUGGGAAUAAUUGCCCGACCAAGGCACAGUUUACAGUGUGUGAGUAUGGAAGAUUUCUACAUUGCGCCGUGUGUGUUGAAACAGACGGUACCAGACAGGCUUCUUGAGUUCAGUGUUGGAGACUGCAAGUCUACUUCGAGACUGUGUUUCUCUACAGCUUCAAAGAUUAUGCCAGUCCAAGUAUUUCACAAGUUGAUAGCGGAUUGUAUCACGAGAUGGCCAAUAUCACAGCACAAGUCAGCAUAUCAAAUUUUCUGCGGAUGUUGCAUGUUUGAUGUUGAUAAUUUGCACAUGUUGUAUGUUUACUUCAGAGAUAGUGUGAUACAAAUUUGGAUCACAAAGUACAGCAAAAUUGAGCCAGAACCUGAUAUAAACGUGUGUAUUGCAGUCAAAGAGUUUGUAGAACAACACCUACACAACACUUUAAGAGGUAGUUGUGAACUGGAAACGUAUGUGAAAUGCCCCCAUGCAAACAUCAAGUUACCAGACCACUGGUGGAAAGUGGAUGAGCUGUCCGAGAACAAAGAAGUUAGAUGUAACAGCCAUGAUCCGCGCAUCGUACUUACCACAUCAGAACUAAUGAAAUACUGGGAUCCCCAGCAUGCUGACCAAAUGGAAGUAUAUCCUGAGACUUUCUUGAAGAGCAUUCCCAAUGAAAAACAGUUAAGUCAGAUGGCGCAACGAAUCGGAAAGGAAUAUCGUUCGCUAGGGCUGGUACUUGGUCUGAGCGAGGUAAAAUUAGAUCAUUUAGAUAUGGACGAACAGCGACAUGCACCAGCGGACAAAAUAACAGCAAUGUUGAAUACGUGGGUGAAGCUGAAAUCACCUAACGCAACUUUUGGAGAACUGAAACAUGCCAUGUCUUGUACAGGUCUUGAUUGGAUGAAUAUAUUCAAAGGCCUUUAAAGUGGCAUGACUCCAGCUGUACAUAAGACAAAUGUUUUCAAACAACUUGUAUUCCUAAACAAUUUACUAGAUUUGAAGAAAGCAUUCUUAACACAUCUUACAGACAAAACUAUUGGUCGAACGUCAUGAAACUUAACACAGAUAUAUAUUCCACUAUAAUGCGGAUGUACAUGCACAACUGUCGUCAGGUCCACUUCAGUAAUUCAAAAGUUAUUGCCCUUUAAAUGUUUGACAACCUAUAUAUUCCUAUUUAACAAAAUUAUCCAUUUUUGUUUCUUCAUGAAACUUGUAACAAAUAUGUUGCACGGCGACAAUAAACUACAAACUUGAUAUUUUCGUUGAAUUAGCAAGGUUGGAUCACACUCGGCGCUUGUGCGCCUCGUGAGAUCCGAUCUGGCAAAAAUCCAGUCGAGCCGAAUACAGCAUCUCAGAUCGAGCUACUGUUAUAAUAACCCUAUUACAUUUUUAUGCCCCCCUUUGAAAAAGGAGGGGUAUAUUGUUUUGCAAAUGUCGGUCGGUAGGUCGGUCGGUCGGUCGGUCUGUCGGUCGGUCGGUCGGAAUGUAGACCUAUCUGUUUCCGGAUGAUAACUCAAGAACGCUUGGGCCUAGGAUCAUGAAAGUUGAUAGGGAGGUUGGUCAUCGCCAGUAGAUGACCCCUAUUGAUUUUGAGGUCUGUAUGUCAAAGGUCAAAGUCACAGUGAUCCUGAAUAGUAAAACGGUUUCCGGAUGAUAACUCAAGAACACUUGGGCCUAGGAUCAUGAAAGUUGAUAGGGAGGUUGGUAAUGACCAGCAGAUGACUCCUAUUGAUUUUGAGGUCAGUAUGUUAAAGGUCAAGGUCACAGUGACCCUGAAUAGUAAAACGGUUUCCGGAUGAUAACUCAAGAACACUUGGGCCUAGGAUCAUGAAAGUUGAUAGGGAGGUUGGUAAUGACCAGCAGAUGACCCCUAUUGAUUUUGAGAUCAGUAUGUUAAAGGUCAAGGUCACAGUGACCCUGAAUAGUAAAACGGUUUCCGGAUGAUAACUCAAGAACGCUUGGGCCUAGGAUCAUGAAAGUUGAUAGAGAGGUUGGUAAUGACCAGCAGAUGAACCCUAUUGAUUUUGAGGUCAGUAUGUUAAAGGUCAAGGUCACAGUGACCCUGAACAGUAAAACAGUUUCCGGAUGGUAACUCAAGAACGCUUAGGCCUAGGGUCACGAAAGUUGAUAGGGAGGUUGGUCAUGACCAGCAGGUGACCCCUAUUGAUUUUGAGGUCAGUAUGUCAAAGGUCAAGGUCACAGUGACCAGGAACAGUAAAAUGGUUUCCAGGCAAUAACUCAAGAACGCUUGGGCCUAAUAUCAGGAAAAUUGAUAGUUAGGUUGACCAUGACCAGCAGAUGACCCUUAUUGAUUUUGAGGUCAUUAGGUCAAAGGUCAAGGUCACAUUGGCCAGGAACAGUUAAAUGGUUUCUGAUCUUCUUGUCCAAAACCAUAGGGCCUAGGGCUUUGAUAUUUGGUAUGUAGCAAAAUCUAGUGGUCCUCUACCAAGAUUGUUCAGAUUAUUUCCCUGGGGUCAAAUAUGGCCCCACCCCUAGGGUCACAUGGUUAUUAUAGACUUGUAUAGGAAAAAACUUUGAAAAACCUCUUGUCCAAAACCACAGGGCCUAGGGCUUUGAUAUUUUGUAUAUGACAUCAUCUAGUGAUCCUCUACUAAGAUUAUUCAAAUUAUUCCCCUAGGGUCAAAUAUCUCUCCGCCCUGGGGGUCACAUGGUUUACAUAUACUUAUAUAGGGAAAAACUUUGAAAAUCUCCUUGUCCAAACUGCAAAGUCUAUGGCUUUGGUAUUUUGUAAUGUAGCAUCAUUUAGUGGUUCUCUACCAAGUUUGUUCAAGUUAUCCCUCUCGGGUCAAAUAUGGCCCUGCCUCAGAGGUCAAAUGGUUCAUAUAGACUUAUACAGGGAAAAACUUAGAAUCUUCAUGUCCAUAACUUACAUCAUUCAAAUUUGGACCACAUGGACCACAUGUAUAGUUUUGAGUGGCAAGAUGAACCUUGACAUGAGUUGACCUUGAUCUUGACCUAGUGACCUACUUUCACAUUUUUGUACCUACAGCCUUCAAAUUUGGACCCAUGCAUAGGUUUGUAUACUGAAAAAAACUUUGACCUUGUUAUUGACCUAGUGACCUACUUUCACAUUUUUGAAGGUACAGGUUUCAGAUUUGGACCACAUGCAUAGUUUUUUGUUCCAAAAUAAAAUUUGACCUUGAUUUUGACCUUGAGCUAGUCUUGAAAUUUGGAACAUUCAAAAAUGGCUCAGUGGCUGGCGCCAAGUUUAAUCUGUAAUCUCUUGUUAGGUUAAUAGGUUAAAGGUCAAGGUCAGAUUAAACCAGAAUGGUAGUACUUUUGUUUACAGUGAGCAUAUAAUUUCUGUUCCUUGUGCAAUUACUAAAUGCAUCAAGGGAGGUAUUUCGUGUUCGACGAGCUCUUGUAACUUUUGAGGCUGAACUAAUUCCAACGUGGAAUAAGUAGUAUGUAAGGGAAUGAAACAUAGAAAAAUGUCCUCAAAAAUAUCAUGGCACAUUUUUGAAAAUGGCAUGUGGAAUUCUGAAGUAACGUCUAUAUAUUAUUGUAGCCGUUACUGCUGACCAUUUGCUGCAUUGUUCUUCUAAUGAUAAACAACAGUAUAAAUGUGUCUUUGAAUAUCAGUGAAAAAGAUAUAUUAAGAUCUCUUGCACUUGUAGUAUAGUAGUUUAGUAUUUUACCAUCUUUGUCGUAAAGCAUUAGGGUGUCAAAAUUCAGAACACAGGUAUUAAGGAGACGUCACGGCUGAGAUAGUUUAGCAUUAUUACAAUACACAGUCGGUAUUGAAAUUGUGUUUCCAAUACAUGUGCUAAUUAGAUAAAUCCUCAAUAUCUAUGUGAAAAUAAGGGAUGUGUUUUGUAUGACUGCAACACUUUGAGUUGCUCUAAUUACUGACAAAUGACUGAAACAAUAGGAAUUCGUACGGGAGAUGGAUAGACAAAACAACAGUGAGGUAACAAUAUAUUCUUUUAUUGUUUUAAUGUAUGAAUUUUAAGCUACAAUAAAGAAUACCCAUUUUAUGAAAAUCAAACUGGAAGUUAGAAAUAACAGAAAAAAAUUAACUAGGUCAUGAGUCAUCAUAUACCUGUCAAAAUUUGUCAUUAGUUUUCACGAGCUGUCAAAAUUAUUUUUAUCUCUCUAUUCUGCAAAUGCAUUGUUUUUGAAAGUAUCUUGGACGGAUAUUGUAAUGAGUAACUUACUUUACAUUCCACAUUAAUAUUUGUGCUUGAAAUUGCUUUGUGGAGCUAACCGACGUCACAUAUGAAUGUUUAUUGUUUUAGUUUAUUGUCAGUUAUAAAGGUACCAAAUCUCAAUAUUAAGAUAUAAGAAUUGUUCCUUUCUGGUAGACAAAGGAAACUAUUUGGUUGAAUCAUGAUAUAACGGUUUUUGGAAACAACUGAAUAUUCUUUGGUGUUUUGUUAUUCACCGGAAAUUCAAAAAGUGACAUCACCUUAAAAUUCAGAACAGAAUAAAACCAAAUUUAUACAAAUCUAUACAUGCAUUGGAGUUAAAGGUUGAAACACCAAGCGUGUGUAUCCCAGUCAGAAACAAAAAAAAUCAUUCAUUGGGGAUUUUUGAAACAAAAAUGUAUUCACAAUGUUACUGCAAAUGGGUGGAGUACUUGAUAAUAUCAAUAUUUGCUGGAAAUUCAUAAAUAGUAACGACAAUUAUUUAUGCUUCUGGAACUGUUUUAUUAUAGAUUUAACAUCAACAAUUUUGUUGAUCCAGAUUUUUCAACUGAUGUAGCUAUUCAUUUCAAUAGUGCUGGCCAUAAUUUUUCUGAUUUUAGUUUUGUGCCUAUUGACUGUGUUAAUGAUAAAAUGAACAGGCUGCUGAAUGAAACUGUUUGGAUGCACAAAUUAGGAUCUGUAUAUCCAAAGGGCCUCAGUUCAAAGAUUAUGUAUAAUAUACAGUAACUCAUUUCACAUUGUAUUAUUUACUCCACAUAAUUAUUUGAGCUGUUUAAUGCAUAUGUUACUGUUAUGUUAUAUGUUAAUGCAUAUAUAAGCAUUUCAGUUAUUACUGGCACUUUUAUAUUGGUUGCCUUUAAUGGCAGUCCUUAUCAGUAGUAUUAUUGAAUCUUAUUGAUCCUGACUUGCUGUUGUAGACAUACUUUUGUGCAUACUAUUUAUUUAUUGAUUUGUUUUUAAGCUUUCUUUUUACUCUAAAAUUAUAUUAAUUAAUUUUAUUAAAUUAUAUAUCAUACGUAUUUUCAUUAAUAUUGUUCUUCAAACUAUAAGUUCUGUUGCUUUUUUCUGGACUAUAUAUAUAUUAUUCAAAUAGUGCGCCAAACGUAACGUCAUACUUUGACGUUAUGAUGUUAUGUUAACUGACGUCAUGACAUCAUACAUAUGUUUGUAUACAUUGAUAUAUUUUAUGUUUGCCUGAAGAAGUAUCUUAAUACGAAACACGUUGCAAACUUGAGUUGUCUUCUUUCUUUAAGGAUAGGGUCGUCUGCACGUUUGGGUCGACUUUUUUCUACAAUGUAGAGUUUGAUUAAACUACGAUUUUUCAAAACUUCAGAAUAUACCUAACAAAUAAAAAGGAUAGGGUCGUCUGCUUGAUUUUUUGCUAGACUGAUUUGAAAAAUUUAGACCUCGCGCAAUUUUUCAUAAUGGAAGUCUAUGGGAAAAUCAUAACUUGCAUAACAUUUUCGCGAAUAGAAAUUUUUCUACAAUGUAGAUUUUGGUGAAACUUCUCAAAGUUGUAAAUAAACAUAUGGCCUAUAAUUUAGUGAAAUAAUAUGUAUAGGUUAAUGUGCUUAUUUUUGAGGUAUUUGACUAUGAUUAAGGUAAACCGAAUAUUUCACGCUAAUUCUGAGAUAUAACUUUGAAUUAUUUAACGUGUCAUAUGUUAUGAUAUCAUAUUUUGAGUUUAGAAAUAUAGUAACAGUGCCAUUUUAAUAAAUUUACUAAAAGGUUGUUAUUAAUACAUUCAAUUAUUUUCAUUUCCGUACGCCGAAUCCAGGCUUUAUUCUACGUUUUCCGGAUAAAUGACGUUACGCCAUCACUUACGGUUUAUUAAAAGUGCAGAACUACCUUAACCAUAUUAUGCAAUAUAAGCAUUUGAAUAAAGAAAUGAUACUUA